AUGGGAAACAGCCCGUCUAAAUCUAACUAUGCCAUACCGAGUACGAAGACAGCCAACGCAACUACCAACGGUGCAAGCACCGCCAGUGAUGAAUUGAACAGCAACGAACCUAAUGACCCUGAUGAUAGUAGGCCCCUACCUACUAAAACUACAGCACAACAUAUCAAUCUCGCUUCGAGAAGGGCUCCUGGAGAGCCCAACAAUCAUGCUUCUUCUUUGAACUCGAGUUCGAGAGGAGCUCUCCGCCAUCCGCUGCACUCGUCGCCGCCUCCUCCAUCCGCGUCCCACCACAGGCAGCACCAUGGCGGCGAUCGCAACUCCAAGGCAGGCCACACUACGGCGUAUGGCCUGGACAUUGACAUGUCCUUUGCCAAGGCGCUCGGGACCGGCUAUUCUGCAAGCCCGUCUCUUGCUGGUUCUGGGUCCAGCUCUAGCUCUGGGUCCAGCAACCACAGCAGCAUGACUCCGCCUUCGCUGUCGACGGACUCCUCGUUCAUGAACUACAGUCUGACGGAUGCCGAGCCUUUGACCCCCAAUAGCAACGCUUUAGCCGCAUCUACUGUCCACCCUCUACCGCCUAUUAAAGAAGAAAUGCAGGCAUCAGCUACGCUCGCUCGGAAGAGGCGCAGCAACCACGCGACUGCCGCUCAUAUCCCCCAUGAUCGGAAAUCUGCGCCCCCUGUUAUCAUCAAACGUUAUGCGCACGACUCGGGUUUGUCGGAAUACGUUGAUAUCGACGAUGUUAUCGAGAAGCUCCUGGAUAUCGGCAGUACUCGGUACUACCGUGCCAAAGAAUUUCCUUUGAGCUCUUGGAAAGUGCAGUUGAUAUGCGCUCGAGCCCGAGAGUUAUUUCUGGAACAGCCCUCUUUACUGCGAUUGCAGGCCCCUAUCAAAAUUGUUGGAGAUGUUCACGGCCAGUUCACAGAUUUGAUGCGUAUUUUGCGGCUCUCUGGUGUGCCGCCAGAUACCAGCUACCUGUUUUUGGGUGACUACGUUGAUCGCGGGAAGCAGUCCCUGGAAACCAUGCUGCUACUGCUAUGCUAUAAGAUCAAGUUCCCAGACAGAUUCUUCAUGUUGAGGGGAAAUCAUGAAUCCGCCAAUGUCACAAAGAUGUAUGGUUUUUACGAUGAAUGCAAACGUCGUUUGUCCACCAAAAGUUGGAAGGUCUUUGUCGAUGUAUUUAACUCAUUGCCACUGGCCGCUAUCGUGCAGGAGAAAAUCUUUUGUGUUCAUGGGGGAAUAUCGCCUCAUUUGAAAGAUAUGCGCCAGAUUGAACGUAUUGCCAGGCCUACCGACAUUCCAGACGAAGGCUUGAUGACAGAUCUAUUGUGGAGUGACCCCGACUUGCAGGAUUCGGACUGGUCUGUCAAUGAUCGCGGUGUUUCUGUCACUUUUGGCAAACGUAACCUUUUGGAAUUUUGUUCACGCUUCAACUUUGACUUGGUGGUAAGGGGCCAUAUGGUUGUAGAAGACGGUUACGAAUUCUUCGCCCGUAAGAAAUUAGUAACCGUUUUCUCAGCACCUAACUACUGUGGCGAAUUUAAGAACUGGGGUGCUGUCAUGAGCGUGACGACUGGUCUUAUGUGUAGUUUUGAAUUAUUGAAACCACAUUGUAGCAACAGCAAGCAGCGAACCUAG